GUCGACUAGUAUCGAGUUUUGUCACGCACGUAUCGCAUGCUGGAAUCAAGAACGCAAACGCCGGCUGGUAGAUGAAAUCUGAUGCUAAGCACCUGUAUAUGUAUGAUCAGCAGCUACCAUAGUGAAUGUUUACGUUUGCGAUGUAGUACUCACUGUGUAUAAAAGCCCGAGUAAAACAGGGAAUAAAGAACUGGUUUUUCUCGGAAAUACACUUUCAUACUACCCCGAAGUACCAUGCGUCUCACACUCUACCGUACGAUGAACUAGGAGAAGAGGAUGGGGAAUUUAUGCCGUAGGACAUCUAAAGUCGAAAAACGUCUAAUUGGAUGCCACUGCCGUUAUAAUUACGACGACGUGGCUGAUUUCGUUGGAAAGGGAACAUUUGGUACUGUGUAUAGAGCGAGAGUGGUGAAUCGGGGUAACUAUACUGGAGACGAAAUUGUCGCAGUCAAAGUCAUUGUUCUGCCAACUGAAGUGGUGAGCAAUCAGGAGGAAUGGAAGAAAUGCAACAAGCGGCUGCAGGAACUGGUGAAACUUUCCCACGACCAUGUUGUCCCUUAUCACAGGAUUCGAAUUGCCAAAGCCAACCGUGGUGGGAAAGUUGAACUUAUGAUGGACUACUGUGAUGGUGAUUUAGCGAGCUUGUUGGGAGACGCCAAAGAAAAUAAGAUGUUGCUUGAUGAUUUUGCAAAGAUCAUCGGCUACGCCAUAGAAAUCACGGUUGGAUUAGCAUUCCUUCACCAGAACAGCAUCAUACAUGGCGAUCUAAAGCCGAAAAAUGUGCUGGUAAAGCGUAAGCCCAGAAUGAGGCUGGUAAUUGGCGAUCUGGAUGAUUUCGUCCAGCUUCAGGAGACGGUCACCAGUUCUAUGGACAUGACGCACCUUCGUGGCACAACUCGUUACAUGUCACCGGAAAUGCUGAGAAAGUUUGGCGAACAACCGACCGGAAGACCAGGGCGAAAAACGGAUAUCUGGAGCCUCGGUUGCAUUCUUCUAGAGUUCUUGGAAUGCUGCUUAGACAGUUACGAAAAGAGGCUCCACAACAAUGGAGAUUUUAUUACAGCGGGAAAUGCGAUUACCAACAUACAGUAUGCUUUUAAGAUUAUGGAUGGUUACGUUCCAUAUAUCAGUGACUACGCUCCGGAUUACAUGAAAGCAAGUCUUGAAAGGUGUCUACUGCGAGAUGCCGACGCCAGAAUUUCUGCAGACGUAUUGCUGCAAGAGCUGCAUAACAAAACCUCCCAAAUUCAAAUCAUAUUUCUGCACAAAUUUCUCGACGGUGUGAUUUUGCAUGUGUUUGAUCCGUUGAACGGCUCACUACGGUCGCUUCCGAAUACGUGGGAAGUACCUGCAUAUCUGCACACGGAAAUGUCUCGCGGUAUUCUCGGAAUUAACAGAAAAUUAGCCUUUUUCGACAAGCUUUCGGAUGACAGUUGCACAAUGGUUUAUUGGCAUCUGGUCCAUAACACGCGGCUUUCCACUCCGUUAGCUGCAACUGUUAAUGCGAUUCUUUAUCCGGUGGCUGUUGAUGGAAUAAUUUACUUUUGGGAUAAAGUGGGAUUUGGUGACAGCAGCAUACUGAGCUUUAAGGCAAUGAACGUCUCCGACGGAAGCAUCGUUGCGCUAAUAAAUAAUCCCAGAUAUCCCAACAGUUUUGGAAACUAUAUGCAAGCCAUAGUUCAAUCCGGAUCCAAGAUAUUUUAUGCCGGCAGUGGAAAGAUCGACGCGCCCCUACUAACUUGCCUGCAGUGCUACGACACGGCAACCGCCGAGUGGACAUCCUUACCGGAUGUGCCACUUCCUUGUUUGCGGUUCGCUAUGGCUGUAAUAAACGAAUACGUUUACAUUCUCGGCGGACAAAUGGAAGUCAAAGACAGCGAAAAUGUCAACCACUGGGAACCAGUGGCUCUUUGUCUACGGCUCAAUAUUAAAACCGAAAUUUGGGAAAACAGGCCUCCGCUGCGACUACCGCGAGUAUUUCAUACGGCAUCCGUUAUUGACGAUUGUAUCUAUGUUUACGGCGGUCGUACGGUGGCAUUCGUCAACGGGAAAUGGGUAUCAACUGCCCCCGGGGAAUAUGAACAGACCAUGGAGAUCCUCCAUGUCCAUCGGGAUAGUGCUUGGUCAACAGUUACCUUGACAGUGCCGGAAGAGUGCCGCAUGUCGCACAUUCUGAAGCAAGAUUUGGGAAGCUACACUCGAACGUACGCACUGCAGCUGUACCGAUGAUCCACGAUUGAGAUCAGUGCUGGAUAACCUGUUAAAUGUUCGGUGGUGAACAUACUAGACAGAUAAAGGUUUCCUUUCGA